AUGCAAAAGCUGUUUAUUUUUUGAUUGCAAGAGCAAACAGCCGAAAAUCGACUGCACACAGCUGACUCAUUGCUGAAAUAAAGUGAAAAAGUGAAAUUAUCGCUGGUAAUCGUACGUAAAUCAACGAAUUUUCCGGUUACAUAGGAUUGCCAUAUUCCGCAUGCCCUACACCUGCGCCCGUAUUCCAUUCCAACGUAGUUCGAAAGCAGUAGGUAAUGUCUUCUGAGUCGGAAGUGCGCUCGCUUCUGACGCGUGCCCUAGACGCGGACGAAGCUGGCCAGAAGGAACUGGCCAUCGAUCUGUACGGCCAAGCGGUAGAAAGUGUCCUUCUCAUCGAAGAUCGCGAAAAGCGAGAAAAAUUGAACAAGUUCGCCAAGCAAGCUUUGGAGCGGGCGGAGGCACUGAAGGGCAUCAAGUAUGUUCCGCCCAAAGAUUUGAAAGUGGUUCCGCAACAGCCGGUUAGAAGCAGCGCCGGGAAAAGUCCGGUCCACAGUCCCCGAUUGGAGGUCAGUGGGGCUCGGACGGCUUACACCAGUGAGGAGAAGAAAGUGCUGGAGUACACGUCGCAUAUCAACUCGAAGGUUUACGUUCCAUUCAUGGACAUCGACCUGAAGGAGAAGUUUAUCUUUUCAAUUCCGUUUACGGAUCGUGACGGUCUGCUGGAGUUGGCGCCCAAACAGAAGCGGGAUUUUGUGCAGUGGAUCCGAGUGAGCGAGCUCAGUGAAAACCCAGUGCUGAUCGCAGGGGAUCAUGCAGAUUUCUACAGCAUCCGGCAGACGGUUGUUUCGGAUUGUAGCUUUGUGGCGUCGUUGGCGGUGGCCUCUUUGUACGAGAAGAAGUUCAAGCGGAGGAUUCUGACGUCGAUUAUCUACCCGAGGAAUAGCCGUGACGAACCGAUUUAUAAUCCGAGUGGGAAGUACUCGAUCCGAAUGCAUGUGAAUGGGAUUCCGAGGAAAGUCGUUAUUGACGACUACUUGCCGCUUGGGAGGUACAACCAGUUGCUUUGUUCGUAUUCGAGCAACAAGAACGAAUUUUGGGUCUCGUUGAUGGAGAAGGCCUACAUGAAAUUGAUGGGAGGCUACGACUUCCCUGGAUCGAAUAGUAACAUCGAUUUGCACGCUCUAACAGGAUGGAUUCCUGAAAGAGCUUCGAUUAGACCAAAGGAUCCGGACUUCAACGCUGACGCUGUUUUCAAUCGUCUGAGGGAAGGUCUAGCUGCCGGACGGUGUUUGGUAACCGUGGCCACCGGUGAGCUGUCCGAUGCGGAAGCAGAACGAACCGGGCUCGUAUCGACGCAUGCCUAUGCCGUCUUGGACAUGCAGGAGGUUGACGGAGUAAAGCUGCUUCAAUUGAAGAAUCCCUGGUCGCAUUUGCGCUGGCGAGGCAACUAUUCGGAACUGGACGCGGUUCACUGGACUCCGGAACUGCAGCAACUGUUGAACUAUGAUCCCAAGCUGGCUGCGAAUUACGACAACGGAGUGUUCUGGAUAGACUACAAUUCGAUUUUGAACUUUUUCGACGUGUUCUACUUGAACUGGGAUCCGGCACUGUUUCAGUUCACCUAUUGUAUCCAUCAGUCGUGGAGCGCCGGCGUGGGACCUACGAAGGAUGCCUACAAUGUGGGCGACAAUCCACAGUUCAGUUUAACGGUGCCGGCUGGAAAAGGCUCGGUCUGGAUUCUGCUGACGCGGCACAUCACCUCGAUUGAGGAUUUCAGAGAAAAUCGAGAGUAUAUUACGGUGCUGGUUUACAAGAAUAACGGAAAGCGCGUUUACUAUCCUUCCGACCCACCGCCCUAUAUUGAUGGAGUCCGAAUCAACAGUCCGCAUUACCUCUGCAAAAUCCGCCUGGACCCGAGCUCGGUUCGGAAGUACACUCUUGUGAUAUCCCAGUACGAGAAGACUGCCACGAUCUAUUACACGCUACGGGCGUUCUGCCGGGACAAGUUCGAACUGAAGAAGAUCGACAGUCAUUUCCAAACUGUCGAAAAUAUCAACGGAGAAUGGAAGGGUCGCACGGCAGGCGGUUGUCCCAAUCAUCCGCUAACCUACAAGAACAACCCCCUCUACCGGUUGCACAUCGGGCCCAAAGACACCAGUCAGCUGGUGGUCGAACUGCGCGGCCCCAAGGUCUACCAGGUGGGGCUGGAGCUGAGUGUGGUUUCGCUGGAAGAUCCGGAAGUGACGGCUCCCUUCAUAUCGCAAAGCACCGGCAGCUACCGGUCCGGGUUUUGCGUGUUGGAUCUGGAGGGUAUCCCCGCGGGAGUCUAUCAGUUACGUCCGUCCACGUUUCUACCGGAGCAGGAGUCGCCGUUCUUCCUCAAGUUCAAAUCGACAACGAAUUUGGUCAUCGAGAAGCUUAAUUGAACGGGAAUGCAGGUGAGUUUUUGUGGUUUGUUUUAAAAGAUCAUUGUGAUGACGAUAGCGUUAGCUUGAAGCGGAAAGUUACUUUAAUGGAUAAGUGAAUGUACAUAUUUUAAUACUUUUUUCAAUCACACAAAUGCUUUACAAUCGUUAUUUUAACCAAAUAUUAAAAGUUUCAACUAAAAACA